CAAACGGGCUACCUUAUACCCUCAGCAUUCCUUGCCCAGCUAUACCGACAAGAUCAGACACACCUAAUGCUUCACUUCUUUUCAUCCUAACCAGGAGUUAAUCAGAAUCGUGCUCUCUGCAUUGACUCGAUACCACGCUCAAAUACGCUCACGAUCACUCAAUGUCUUCAGAAACAGUAGAUGUGGUGAUCGACUCUCUUGUCGCCGCCGGCGUCAGGCACAUCUUUGGUGUUCCGGGUGCCAAGAUCGAUAGCGUCUUCAAUGCCCUGAUUGACCGCCCCGAGAUCCAGCUGGUUGUUUGCCGCCACGAGCAGAAUGCCGCCUUCAUCGCCGGAGCGAUCGGCCGUAUCACAGGCCGACCCGGCGUGUGCAUCGCUACCUCCGGCCCGGGAACUAGCAACCUUGUCACCGGCCUCGUAACCGCCAACGACGAGGGUGCACCCGUUGUUGCCAUUGUCGGCGACGUCAAGCGAGUGCAAGCAGCCAAGAAGACACAUCAGAGCUUGAGAGGAGUGCAGCUUCUCGAGCCCGUCACCAAGAAGACCACCGGCGCCGUGCACCCGGAUCAGAUCUCAGAGAUUAUGCUCGAUGCCUUCAGAACCGCGACCGCAUACCCGCAGGGUGCAACAGCUAUCAGCCUACCGAUAGAUAUCAUGACAGUCGGAACCAAGACGUCAAUCCCUGCGCUGCCCCCGAGCGCCUUCACACCGCCCCAAUAUGGCACAUCACCGUCAGCGUCACUGAGCAGAGCGGCGGCUAUGAUCCAAAACGCAAAAUUCCCAGUUCUGUUCCUCGGAUCGAGGGCAGCAACACCAGCACGCCAGGAGCUCGCUCAUCUCUUCUACGGCCGCAUCGGCCUCUUCCGCAACCAACCCGGCGACAAGCUUCUUUCCCAGGCCGAUCUCGUCAUCGUCGCGGGCUACGAUCAGUCCGAGUAUGACGCCGACGCGUGGCACAAGAGCCAGAGCCUCGAGAUCUUGCAUCUGGACUGGAUCCCCGCCGACUACGGCGCUUUCUACAACCCAAAGCUGGAACUCGUAGGCGCCAUCGCCGCCAACGUCAAGGCGCUAGGCGACAUUCUGGCAAACGUCUCCCGCCCACAGGAGUCCGAGAUAGCGAAGUCCAUCUUCACAGAGUUCCACGCUUGGGAACAGAGCCCCCAAGCUCUGGGCCAGACUGGCGACGGUCCUGUGCACCCGCUCUACUUUAUCAAGCUCAUUCAGGGUCUAUUGCCCGCGUCGACGACUUUGGCAUCGGACGUCGGCAGCAUGUACAUCUGGCUCUCGCGGUUCUACUUCGCAUACAGCCCCAAGUCUUUCCUCGUCUCCAACGUUCAGCAAACUCUCGGCGUGGCUCUCCCAUGGGCCAUCGGCGCCUCUCUAGCCCAGGAGCCGCCUUGCUCCAAGAAGGUCGUAAGCAUCAGUGGCGACGGCGGCUUCCUCUUCAGCGGGCAGGAGCUAGUGACUGCCGUGAAGCAGGGGUGCAACAUCACGCACUUCAUCUGGAACGAUGGAAAGUAUAACAUGGUGGAGUUUCAGGAAGUCGACAAGUACGGCCGCAGUUCAGGCGUCGACUUGGGCGGGGUCGACUUUGGAUUGCGCGUCAAUCGAUCGUCGGAACUGGAAGCCGUCAUGAAGGAGGCUUUGAGUUAUCAGGUCUGCAUUGUCGACGUUGAGAUUGACUACUCCCACAACCACGAGCUUAUGAAGAAUGUCAUCCAGGACAAUAUUAGUUAG